AUGUUUAACACUUGUAGUUACGUAAUUUGGUAUUUCAGUGGAGAUAUCCGACACUGAGAAAAACUACAGUCCAUUUGCAGGGUGCUACUACAUUUUGUUUUCAAAAUACUCAACGUUAGCUAAUAGCUGGCAUGCUAUAUGGACUGAAUAACAUUCGUUAAUUGGACUAGCGACUCUGUGUAAACUCUUGGUUUCACAGCUUCACGAACUUCGCUGGCUUCCACAGGAAAUCAUACGUGAAUAACCAAUGGUGCAACAAACAACCAACACGGUCGAGGAACCCCUUGAUCUUAUCCGACUUAGUUUGGAUGAGAGGAUCUACGUCAAGAUGCGGAAUGACCGAGAACUACGAGGGAGACUGCAUGCUUAUGAUCAACAUUUGAAUAUGAUUCUCGGAGAUGUGGAGGAGACGGUAACAACAGUUGAGAUUGACGAGGAGACGUAUGAAGAAAUUUAUAAGUCCACGAAAAGGAACAUUCCGAUGUUGUUCGUUCGUGGUGAUGGUGUGGUCCUUGUCGCUCCGCCCCUCAGAGUGGGAUAAGUGUGAGGAGUUUCAGCCCCCUCGAUGGAUGGACUUUUCCUUUCAACAUGCUGAAACUGGACUUCAUUUGAUACCGUUUUGUUUGAAACACCUUUUAUUUGUAACAUAUGUUAAAGUCCCUUUGUCUGAAUGGCCAUUUGUUGCUCUCUUACUUGCUUUUAUGUUGACAUUGUAUAUUGUUGGUAUAUUUUAGGUUGUUUAGUCUGCAUCAAUCCUAGUCUGAUUUAAUUUGCUAAUUACAAUAAACAGGGACAAAAAGCAA